AUGUGGUGGCGUUCAUGUGCGGCGCAGAUCCGGCAGGUGCGGACAGGUGUGGUGACGCAUCUGUGUGCGGAGUACGGCCUGAUCGAUCACAGCGUGUACUUCACAUCGGGAGUGGUGCUAGGAGGAGUCGUGCUGUGUGUGGGAGACUCGGUGCAGGCUCUGGCGGUGCGGGAAGGAGCCCACGGACAGUGGAGGGCGCUCCGGGUGGAGCGGCACAAGGACUCCUGGGAGAGCGGCGGGUCAGAGGCGCUGGACACUGACAAACUCAGGCCUCUGAUUGGAACAGUGACGUCAUGUGAUCGAGACGGAGGCUACAUCAACCAGACGACGUAUUUCCCGCGAUCGGCUCUCUGCGAAGGGUUCGAGCCGGUGAAGGGCGACUGGGUUCUGGCGCAGUAUUUCGUCUGUCCGUCUGAAUGGAGCAGUCAGGCUCGAGCGGUUUCUCCUCUGCGAUACCGGCGCAUGGAUGGGGUGAGCGUGAGCGUCCUGCACGGCCGCAGCGGUGUUGUGGAGGACAGCGUGUUCUUCAGUCUGGACUCUCUGAUCGUGCCGCCGGGCUUCAGACCCGCUCGGGGGGAUGUGGUGAAUGUGGUGGUGGUGGAGAGCAGUCAGUCGCUGUACAGCUGGAGAGCUCUGUGUAUGACGCCCGUCCAGCACAGUGGAAACGCCUCGGAGCUGAAUAUGCCAGACGAUGAGGUGCAGAGAUUGCUGGAGAAUAAGGGUGGGCUCCAGGUCAGCCGGGAAAGCCACUUUGGGUCUCUAUUACUGGGAAACCGCAAGGAGCUGCAGAUCUGGAUCCAAAACAGCGGCUCUGAGCGCCAGCGGCUGAAAUGCUGUGAGUUUGCCGGAUGGGACUCGGCUCAGCAGUUCUGCCUCAGGUCUGUGUCUGUGAAGAACAGCACGCCUGCAGGAGGCCCAGCUGAUGAAGAGUCGGUGCAGAUGCUGGAGAUGAAGCCGGGGGAGAGAGCGUCUGUGACCGUCUGCUGUCAGGCCAGGACUCUGGGUCGCUCCGCCGAGCUGCUGCUCCUGCACUUCUCCUCCUUCACCAUCGGGAGGCGUCUGGAGGUGUCUGUGAGCAGCGCGGAGGAGAGUCUGCUCAAACCCAGCGUCCCGUACUCCGCUCUAACAGCUCCGCCGCAGCAGCAGCAGCCCCUGCAGGUGCUCACGGUCACGGCCCCGCCGGCCCCCAUCAGACUUGCACGGCGGCAUCUUCCAAACUUCUUGGGGAACUACGGCGUUCCUCAGGCUCUCAGAGAUUGUGUGGAAGGUCAGAAGGACGUUCUGAUCGCACAGCCGGCUCUGGCGGAGCCCUUGAGCCUGUCGUGGAUGCUGCCGCGUUUCUCGGCUCUGCUGUGGCUGGAGGAGCUGCAGGCCGAGAGGGAGAUCCGAGAGUUCAGUCUCACCGGCGCCAUCCUCAGGAAAGGAGCCGUGUAUCUGCACCUGGAGGUGCCAGGCCUCGCCGAGGGCCGGCCGAGCCUCUUCAUCGGUGAUAAAGUUCUUCUGAAGAAGCCUUGUAGUGGAGGAACCGUUAUUGAGUACAUCUCUUACGUCAUGGAGAUCAGCGACGAGGACGUGAGUUUACGAGUGAACGCUGAUUUUCAGAAGAACUACCUCGGAGAACCUCUGGACGUGGAGUUCUCCUUCAACAGGCUGACCAUGAGGAGGUGCCACUGCGCUCUGGAGCAGAGCAAACACUUCGGAGACAACAUUUUGUUUCCCAGCAUGCUCUUGCUGCAGCCGCCUCAGUGGAGCGGAGAGUGGAGGGAAGAGGACCGACAUCUUCAAGAGGAGGAGAACGAAGCGACCCAAAAAACAGACGGCUCAUCGACACUGACUGCAGAGAUGGUGUCUGUGGCCACACAAACUAAACCAGAUUUGACAAUGACGGCGAAGCACAUCCCAAACCCUGGCCAGUUCUUCAACGCUCAGCUGAAUCCGGCGCAGAAAGAGGCGGUCAAGCGGAUCCUGAGUGGAGAGUGUCGUCCCACGCCAUACGUUCUGUUCGGGCCUCCUGGCACCGGGAAAACCAUCACUCUCAUAGAGGCCAUUCUGCAGGUGCAUCACCGCAUCCCCUGCAGUCGUGUGCUGGUGUGCACGCCCUCAAACAGCGCCGCGGACCUCGUCUGCACACGUCUGCACCAGAGCGGAUUCCUGCACACCGCCAGCCUGGCUCGCGUCAAUGCCACCUGCAGGCCAGAAGAGGUGUGGUCAUGCCUGAUAAAUGUUGGUCACUUUACACAUGUGUUUGUGGAUGAGGCGGGUCAGGCCACUGAACCCGAGUCGCUCAUCCCUCUGAGUUUACUGUCUGAGACGAGUGGACAGAUCGUGCUGGCUGGAGAUCCGAAGCAGCUGGGGCCGGUGGUGAAGUCGAAGCUGGCCGCUGUGUUUGGACUCGGCGUGUCUCUGCUGGAGAGACUGAUGGGAACGCCGCUCUACAGCUGCAGCGAGAGAGGAUACAACCCCCUGCUGGUGAUGAAGCUGGUGUAUAACUACCGCUCCCACGAGGCUCUGCUGGAGCUGCCGUCGCGGCUGUUUUACGCCGGAGAGCUGUGUGUUCGCUCUCAGAGGACCGUCGUGGAUGCGCUCUGCCACUGGAACAGGCUUCCCACUAAGGGCUUCCCCUUCAUGUUUCACGGCGUGCGGGGGACUGAGAUGAGAGAGGGCAAUAAUCCGUCGUGGUUCAAUCCCGCUGAAGCUGUGCAAGUCAUGAUGUACUGCUGCCAGCUCGCGAAGAGACUCUACAAUCCCAUCGCAGUGACCGACAUCGGCGUCAUCACUCCAUAUAAGAAACAGGUGGAGAAGAUCCGUGUGCUGCUGCACAGAGUGGGUCUGGGAGAGGUGAAGGUGGGGUCGGUGGAGGAGUUCCAGGGCCAGGAGUUCCUCAUCAUCAUCAUGUCAACGGUCCGAUCCAACGAGUCCUUGCUGAAUGAAGAACUGCAAAGCAUGCUGGGAUUCCUCUCCGACCCGAAGCGUUUCAACGUUGCCAUCACACGAGCCAAAGCGCUGCUCAUUGUGAUCGGAAACCCACACGUUUUAAUCAAGGACCCGUGUUUCAGCGCGCUGCUGCAGUACUCGCAUGAUAACCGAGCGUUCCUGGGCUGUGAUCCUCCGGUCAGUCUGCAGGCCUCGCCAAGGAUUCUCUCUGGAGAAACUUAGACAUUUCUCGGAUCAGCACAGUGUUGCGAUGACUGUUCCAUGAUUGUUCUGCGUUAAAUAAAUAAUCGUUCUGUUAUCUAGCCACUUUUAGCUUGUUAGCAUCUAAAGAGCUCCCUGAAGAACCGCACUGGAUCUGGAGAGAGCCAGCGUUUAUUUCUUUUGUGUUCCUUCAAAUGUGUUACAGAAGAUUAAAAAAUAAUUUCAGCAAGCAUUCUCACUUUAUGCGUUCUUGCCACUGGAUCGCAUACGUUUGAGCUUGAGAAGCUGCUCUUCACAUUAGCGUGACUCUUAGAUUAGAUUAUUUUAUGUUCGUCUGACCAGCAACUAAAAACUCCACUCUUUAACAUGACAGGCUUGUGUGUGCGUGCUCAUGUAAUGUAAAAAUGUAAAGUUCAACAUUUACUAUUACAUGAUUAAAAUGAAAUGCAAGUUUAUAUUAGCUCCGGUUCAUUCAUUCAACAAACAAUGAAUAGUUGUAUUUUCUCUCUUUUUUUUUUUGCAAAAGCAAAGAGUUCAGA